AUGGCCAAGACGGUAGUCUCCAGGUGCAGACGUGCUUUCAUCUGUCCCCCGACUUUCUUCCCUACCACACAUGAUCGUCGACACGCGAAGGAUAGGUAUGCAGCACAUACAUACGGUCAUCACAUGGCCUGGACCAUGAUCUACAAUUCGUGGCUUUCUGAGUGCAGAAUGCUCAUUGUUUGUGGCAGCAUGGACAAUCUAUCCGAGCCGUCAUCCAUGUAUGCUGUUACCGCCUCACAAGCUGGCAGCGAACUUCAAGUUGUAACUUAUUUGUCAGGACAUGGACUAUGGAUGGACUAUGGAUGA